AUGGGUGCGGCGCUUGGAAGGUCAACGCCUAGGGGACCGUGCAUGUCACUGGAGCGGAGGGGCACAAAGAGCCCGCGCGCCACUUCUGCCAACUCUAGGCCUCCGGACAAUCAACAGCCACAACCCAAAUCCACAUUGCUUGCCGCAGAAGUCCAUGUAUUGUCAGCCCCCAACGGACGCCAAAGCGAUCAUUUCCUUCCCGAUACGCAGGGGAGUGGCAACAAGGGGAAACCCUCACCCCCGCGAAACCCUAUUGGGAUUGAGACUGGAGGUGUGAAAGCAUUACGGCCCCUUUCUGUAUCAAAUUCAUCCAACUCUGUCAGUGCGGAUAAAUCCAAUGAUGCAUCGAGCAGCCGCACUCCGGGACAAAAAAGGGAGAAGAAAAAUAUUUUGCGAAGCUUGGAUGGGAGUGUCUCGCCCCAAAAACAAGGGCCAUCUCGAGAGUCAAAUCCAGAGGAUAUUGCAGCAACUCCGCCUCUAUUGCGAAUGGCAUCGCUUUAUGAAGGGAAAGGGAGUUCACGUGGUAGGAAAACAGGAGAUGAAUCUCAGGAAUUUGGGCUGUCAGGCCGCGUGGGGGGAAAUUCUGUGGUGAGCCGUCUUCACUUUCUGAGCGCGAAGAAAUCGCAGGAGUCCAUUUUUUCGGAUGCACAAAGUAAUGGAGAAUCGGCUAUAAACCUUGCCCAAACAAACAACACCCGCUCCAGGCAAAGCAUGUUGGGUAGUAUUGAAAGUACAAAGACAUUACUACAUGCCAAGGCUGUUCUUCGAAAACAUGUGCACCAUUCCUUGGCAAUCCCUCCACUUAGCGCUAGGCCUUCCAGUUGCCGUUCCACGACAUACAGUGCCCUAAGUGAGGGUGAUGCUAUUUUAACCAGAACCGUCAACCCUUUAAUUCCACGUGACAAGUACGGAGGCAAUUUUCAUCUUCCGGCAGUACACAAUGUAGAAGCGGUUGAUGGAAUAGGCAAAAUAGGACGUUACCAUGAUAGAAUUGAUAUCAUUUCCUUGCUUGAGAACAAUACACAGGCAGAGUUGUCUUCUUCAUCCUCAUGCCUUGUGAAAUCACCAUUACUCCGGGAAAAUGGUGACUCUUGGAGGCAACAAAAUGGCUUUUUAGCAGACAAAUGCCCGAACCAUAAUCUUGUGGAAUUGGUUGUGGAUUCUGCUACCGAUGAGAAAUUAAAUGGACAAUCAGGGGAUCGGUCAAGCAGGGAUCAUUUGUUGCGUUCGGCUCCCCCCACUGACUGCUACCCAUUAGCCGAUGUUGCCUCACGGAAUCCUACUCCACGAAUCGAUUGCGGACACUCCUCCCAAAAUGAGUUUGGAUGUACGAAACGUCCAGGGAAAAAAGGAGACAGCGGCCGUGGCGGGGGCCAAACCGGUCAGGACGCUGCUGAUGAUGCGGCUGUCGGGUGGGUUGCCAUAGGUGGCGAGGCUGGUGUCGGCGGCGAGGACUGGUAUGCGCGUCUUCGUGCUCGCUGUGGCCUCGAAGAAUCCGGUGGAAUCGCCGGACUCACCGCUGGAAACAUUGGCGAUUGCAGCGAUGACGACGUGAAGAAAAACGAGACGGUGGCUCCUGUGGGAACGGCAGAGCCCGGGACUGCGCACUAA